AUGCAAGCACAUAGUGGUGCCAGGCUAGGCGAUGCCUUGCAGGCACAGAGGCAGCGCCAGGCUAUUGCCAAGGGCACUUCGCACCAUAGGCACAUGACCCGAGGAUGUGACGCUAGUGGCCAAUUGGGUGACACCCAUGGAGUAGGAGGUGACGUCAGUGGCUGUAAUGCUUGCAGAGGUAUUGGUCCAAGCAUUGCCACUGCCUGUGCUGAGGUGUUGGGUGACGCUAUGGAUUGGGCGAAGCUAGACAGGGAUGAGAAGGCAAGGCGCAAGGAAGGUGACGUCCUUAUGCUACUAGCUUGGGGGGCGCCAACCUAG